AUGGAAAACCUCGCGGAGAACGAUAUGCUGGUCGACGACUAUGAGCAAUAUUCCAAUGAGAAGACCGAUGUCGUCGUUGUCUCCCGCUCGGGCUCCGAUGAGCCCGAGCCUACGCUGUCCGCCGCUGACCAUACGGCAAUGAUGGCGCGAGUCCUCCCCAAGAACCCUGACCUUGAGACCCUAGAAGAGGUGUACAACACAUGGCACAUCGAGAACUGGAGGAAGAUGGAUAGAAAGUCACACGGUCCGAUCUUCAAGUGCGGCGGGUCGUCUUGGCGCAUUCUCUUCUUCCCAUACGGAAACAACUCGGAGCACGCUUCGCUCUACCUUGAACAUGCAGAGGAAGGCGAGCAGCCAGAGAACUGGUAUGCCUGUGUACAAUUUGCACUGGUUCUGUCGAAUGUGAAGGAUCCCUCAAUUUACUUCUCCCAUGUUGCAACCCAUCGAUUCACUGCUGAUGAGGGCGACUGGGGUUUCACUCGAUUCUAUGACCUCCGGAGUCUGUUCAACGAAGCGUGGAAGGACAAGAAUGUUCCGCUCGUCCAGGAUGAGGAGGCUAAUGUGACUGCCUAUGUCCGCGUGGUCAAGGAUCCUACCGGUGUUCUCUGGCACAGCUUCCAGAACUACGACUCCAAGAAGGAGACCGGCAUGGUGGGCCUUCGCAACCAGGGUGCUACUUGCUACCUCAACUCCCUUCUCCAAUCUCUAUAUUUCACCAAUGCUUUCCGCAAGGCUGUAUACGAUAUCCCUACAGAGCAGGAUGCUUCUCGCGAGAACAGUGCUUGGACCCUGCAAAGACUAUUCUACAAUCUUCAGACAAUGGAAAAGGCAGUGGCAACAACUGAACUGACCGGCUCCUUUGGCUGGGAUUCGAGACAGGCCUUUGAGCAGCAAGACGUCCAAGAGCUGUCGCGAAAGCUGAUGGAGCGCUUGGAGGAGAAGAUGAAGGGCACCGUUACUGAAAAGGCCCUGCCUGAGUUGUUCGUCGGAAAGACCAAAACUUAUAUCUCUUGCAUUAAUGUCGAUUACGAGUCCUCUCGUAUUGAAGAUUUCUGGGAUAUCCAGUUGAACGUUCGGGGAAACAAGACUCUGGAUGACAGCUUCCGGGACUACAUCCAGGUUGAGACGCUGGAAGGCGAGAACAAGUAUGAUGCAGGUGCUCCAUACGGGCUCCAGGAUGCCAAGAAGGGUGUCAUCUUUGAAAGCUUCCCACCCGUCCUGCAUCUUCACUUGAAACGGUUUGAAUACGACCUUAAUGCCCUGACGAUGAUGAAGGUCAAUGACCGCCAUGUCUUCCCGAUGGAGUUUGAUGCCGCCCCUUACCUUUCCGCCAAUGCUGAUAAGUCGGAGUCCUGGGUCUACGAGCUGCAUGGUGUGCUCGUCCACAGCGGUAGCCUCGAUGCGGGCCACUACUAUGCAUUCUUGAAGCCGACCAAGGAUGGCCACUGGUACCGCUUCGACGAUGACCGGGUCAACCGUGCUACCGAGAAGGAGGUUCUGGAAGAAAACUAUGGAGGAGAGUACGAAUUCGCCAACGGAACAACCGGUGUUCGUCAGCCCUACACGCAUAGGUACUCCACCAAGCGGUCCAUGAAUGCCUACAUGUUGGUUUAUGUUCGGAAGACCCGAUCGGACAACGUCCUUCUCCCCAUCACCGACGAAGCUGUUCCCUCUCACAUUGCACAGCGUGUCGCCGAGGAUCGAGCGGAAAUGUUGCAAAGACAAAAAGAGAAGGAUACGGCUCAUUUGUACAUGAAACUUGGUGUUUUGACCGAAGAGACUUUCCGAAACCACCACGGCUUCGAUCUGACCAGCCUGGAUCUUCCAAUGGAAGACCCUGGUCUGCCGGAUAUAUACCGGAUUCUUCGCACUAAGAAACUUGGCGAGAUUGCACAGGAUAUCGCCGACGAGCGCGGUAUCGAUGUAGACUCUAUCCGGUUCUGGACGAUGGUUAGCCGUCAAAACAAGACGACCCGCCCCGACCAGGUCCUCACCAACAUGGAAAUGACGGUCGAGGAAGCUCGCAUCAAGUACGGGCCCCGCAGCCCCGCCCGCAAGGACCCCCGCAAGGAAGACCCUCUUUUCCAACUGUGGAUGGAUGUGUCGCCUCUAGACCCUAAUGGGAAGCCCGAAGAAUGGCCUUCUGAUGAUUUCGUCUUGAUUUUCCUGAAGAACUUCGACGUGAACACCCAAACCUUGUCCGGUAUUGCCCCCAUCCAUGUUCGCAAGAACCAAAGGGUGCAAGAUUUGGCGCCCACCAUUCUUUCAAAGAUGAAUUGGCCUGCCGGGACGGACUUUAUGCUGUUUGAGGAGAUCAAGCACGAUAUGAUCGAUGUGAUGAAGCCCAAGCAGACCUUCCAACAGUCGGAGAUUCAGGAUGGCGAUAUCAUCACUUUCCAGCGAACCGUGAAGGACUCGGAGCUUCCGUCGACGGCUCUUUACACUGAUGCCAGGCAAUACUACGAUUACCUUCUCAACCGCAUAGUCGUCGAGUUUCGCCCUCUGAAGGGGGAUGAUCGUGAUGGGUUCACCCUGGGGCUUAGCCGCAAGACGACCUAUGACCAGUGGACGAAGAAGGUGGCCGAACAUUUGAACGUGGAGCCUACUCACAUUCGGUUUGCGCCCGUUAUGGUCACCGGCGGCGGGGCCAAGGCUUUCCUUAAGCGGACCACUACCGCUACCCUGGCUCAAACCCUCAAUGGCCAAUAUGGUGCAUAUGGGGGGUACACCGCGCAUCGGUCCGAUGCUUUGUUCUAUGAGGUAUUGGACAUGAGUUUAAGUGACUACGAGAGCAAGAAGACUUUCAAGGUGACUUUGCUGCCGGAGGGCAUUACGAAAGAGGAAUUAGUAGAGGUUAUGGUGUCGCGUAACGGUACCGUUGCCGACCUUCUCGGACUCUUACAGAAGAAGGCCAACCUUGAUGAAAAGGCUAUCCAAGAGAUCCGACUUUUCGAGGCUCAAAGCGGCAAGCUCUAUAAGGAGUUCAAGGAAGACACUAAUGUGUCAGUCAUCAAUGAGUUCUCUACGCUCUAUGCGGCGAGGGCACCAGCCGAGGAGCUCAAUAUGGAGGGCGACGAUCGAUUGGUUAGCGCCUUCAACUUUGACCGGGAGCCUAACCGCACUCAUGGGGUUCCUUUCAAGUUUGUUGUGAAGCCGGGUGAGAUUUUUAAGGAGACCAAGGAGCGUCUUUCCAAGCGCACCGGUCUCAAGGGCAAGCCGUUUGAGAAGACUAAGUUUGCCGUCGUCGCCCGUGCGUCGUUCACGGCCCCCAAGUAUCUUGAAGAUGAUGACAUUCUCGCUGAUGUGAUCGGUCCUGAUGACUACCUGGGUCUUGACCAUCCUAGCAAGAGUCGCGGAUUAUGGGCUAAGAGCGAGAGCUUCUUCAUUCGAUAA